AGAAAUGAACACAGAUGGUGUUCCAUAGAAUUGCGGAAGCUAAAAUAUUGUAUGAACUUCUUUCAAAGUGCGAUUGAUUGUUCAGCCACGUAGUCGAAGGACAGUCAUACACGUAAACCAAGUGAUUUUCAGGUGCAGCUGACGGACUCUGGACUCCGAAGACAAGAAAGAGAGAGAGGGGUAUCCCGUCUAGGCAUGAUCUCAGAAACAUGACUCUAAUCUACGGAGGAUUCCCUUGAUCAUGUGACCACCAUCUGGCCAAUGGGAGAUGAUGACCCCGUCCCACCUUGUGUAGAGGGAGCCCCACCAGUACUCUUAAGUAUCCUCGUAACCUCAAGUUCAUUGUCUCUGUCAAUACUCCAGCCAAGUACUGUAACACCGUCUGCCUGCAUGCAGUAGCUCCCAAACCAGAAGCAGUGCUAGCUAGCGGGAUUAGGGCAGAGCGUGGCGCCGCAAUUAGCGUGAGUCACAUCAAGCACAUUACCUCAUUCAUCAGCUACUGGGUGUACGAAACACUUCCUCACACUAAUUACUGUGUUAAAGCUCUGUAGGAUAAAUAGAGUACUAUCAAAAUUCAAAAGUACUAGCUUUUAAUGGAUUUUCUACAUCAAAUUUGAUUGAUUAUCCAAAAAGGUUGGGUCUUAUGUAAUUUUUUGUUUACAACACUCCAGUUUAAAGCCUUGUAGACAGUGAUGAAUUUUUCAUGACGUUAUUAGGCUGCUACUUGUAGAUUGGAUUAGUGAUAUGUCUAGGAAUUAAGCUACAACCCAUAUCCUGCUGAAUAAAAGAUAGAGGUAGGAAAGGAAAAGAGCCUAGAUACAUCAAACUCCUGAGAUCAUUAAAUAGUGAUUGAUGGUGCCAGCGGAAAUCCCUGUUGGAUAUUAAGGAAUACAUCCCCGCAGAUACAAAGCUCUGUAGAUCCCACGAUCGUCCUCCUCCCCCGCGAAGAACAUCCUGGAAUCUGCAAUCUUAGUGACUUCUUAGCAUAUUCAGUGGAAGUGUCAUAUGAACAAAGCAGCAAAUAAGAGUUGGAAAUACUCCCCCGUCAAAUAGAGCCAAGGGCUAAAGCUCGCUGGAUCCCUCAAUCGUUUCCUCAUCCACAAAGAACAUCCUGGAAUAUGCCAUUCUAGUGACACUUUCGUGUCGUUGCUCAAAGUGUUGUUUAAACAAGGAUAUCAAUUAAAGCAGGGAGCAAGCUGAUACAAAGGAAUAAUUCUCAAAAAAUACAGAAAGGACUCAAAGGAGCAUACUUGAUCACUGUCCUCCCCCCGUAAAGAACAUCCUGGAAUAUGCAAUCCUAGCGACGUCUUCGCGUCAUCCUAGGAAGUGUCAUCUGAAGCAGCUUGAACGACCUGACAGCGUGAGUGAUCAUCUGUUGAGGAACCAUGGCUAGGAGGCUUGUGUAUUGUAAGGUGGUGCUGGCCACCUCCAUGGUCUGGUUUCUAUUGGAUGUCAUGCUGAUUAUGUACUAUAGUGAAUGCAAUGGUGAUGCAAGGUGUAACAACCAGGCCUUAGACCACGGUGUGCCCAGAGAAAUAGAGGGAGGGCAUGAACACGCCCCUCCCAAGCACCCACCUGCCAAGCCCCGGCACGACCCCAAUGGGCCGGGAGAGAUGGGUAAAGCUGUCAUCAUACCCCAGGACAAGGAAUCGCUCAAAAACGAGAUGUUUAGGAUCAAUCAGUUCAAUUUGUUAGCCAGUGAUAUGAUCUCAAUCAACCGAACACUGCCUGAUGUACGCAUGGAUGGGUGUAAGCGAAAGAGCUACCCUCCCGUCUCAGAGCUACCCAGUACCAGCAUCGUCAUCGUCUUUCACAACGAAGCGUGGAGCACCCUAUUACGGAGCAUCCACAGUAUCAUCAACCGCUCGCCGAGGGAACUCCUCACCGAGAUAAUACUUGUUGACGACGCCAGCGAAAGAGAUUUUCUUGGGCAACAGCUAGAUGAUUAUGUCAAGAGGUUACAGGUUCCCGUCCACGUGGAGCGGAUGGGAACGAGGAGUGGUCUGAUCAGGGCGCGGCUGAGAGGGGCGUCGGUAGCCAAGGGUCAAGUGUUGACAUUUCUGGACGCCCAUAUAGAAUGCACGGAGGGAUGGUUAGAACCACUCAUGACCAGGAUAAAGGAUGACAAGAGAAACGUAGUCUGUCCAAUCAUCGAUGUAAUUAGUGAUGAUAACUUUGCCUUCCAUACUGGUUCUGAUAUGACGUACGGUGGUUUCAAUUGGAAGCUACAGUUCCGCUGGUAUCCUGUGCCACAGAGAGAGGCUGAUAGAAGAGGAGGUGACAGGACAAUCCCUCUCAGAUCGCCCACAAUGGCAGGAGGCUUGUUCUCCAUCGACAAAACCUAUUUUGAGGAGAUUGGAACAUACGAUGCAGGAAUGGAUGUCUGGGGUGGCGAAAACCUUGAAAUUUCAUUUAGGAUAUGGAUGUGUGGAGGAACCUUAGAGAUCGUCACUUGCUCACAUGUUGGUCAUGUCUUCAGAAAGUCCACACCAUACACGUUCCCGGGCGGGACGGGGCGGAUCAUCAAUCGGAAUAACCAGAGAUUAGCUGAAGUCUGGAUGGAUGAUUUUAGACAUUUCUAUUACAGAAUAUCACCAGGUGUGAGGAAAACAGAAUUUGGUGACGUUAGCCAAAGGAAAAAGCUCCGAGAUAGAUUAAAGUGUCACACGUUUGAGUGGUACCUAGAAAAUAUAUAUCCAGAGUCCCAGUUCAGAUUGGACUUUAAAACUAUAGGAGAGAUUCGUAAUAUAGAGACUCACAAGUGCCUAGAUAAUAUGGGGAGGAAGGAGAACGAGAAAGUGGGCAUCUUUUCUUGCCACGGCCAAGGCGGCAACCAGAUAUUUGCCCUCACCAAACAGAAUGAGAUCAAGCACGAUGAUCUAUGUCUAGAUGCCUCAGCUAACUCUCAUUAUAAAGACGUUGUGAUGAUUAAAUGUCAUGGAAAACAUGGCAACCAGGAGUGGCUUUACAAAGAAGAUGCCAAAACUUUUGUCCACAGUCCCAGUGGUCUGUGUUUAGAGAAAGCUAGCGGCGGCAAGGACACGCCUACCGUAGCCAAAUGCAACGGGUCAUCAGGGCAAAAGUGGGACUUGAUUGACAUCUCCAUGACAUCAGGACGGUAGCCAGGCCCACUUUCAGCUCCUGGAAUGAGUUGAACGAACUCUCUUGCCUUCGAGGAACAAUCUAAUGUCUGAUUACUCCAAUGACUACAGAAACCAAGUGAUGUUUGUACUAAGCCUAUGGAAAUAAGAGAACACAGUGGUCCAUAGGUUAAUAUGAUUCCUAUCGAUAAAAUCCGCCCACCCAAAUCUCGAGGAGAUGUUGUUUUUUUUUCUUCUUUCUUUCUCAGGUUAGAUUUGAGGAAAGUAAGAGAGAGUAACUAAAAAAUCUACCAUGUAGAUUACUGAAGCUCAGUUA